UGGCCUGGCGCGGUUUGCAUCCAACGUGGCCAAAAUUGCCGAAUUGUCUUCUGAAAGUUUCCCGUUUGCAAUUUGAUUUGACGUUCUCCUGUUAUUUUCGGGCUCUGCAGGAUAAUGAGCUAUCAAUACGAAGGUCCUCAGCUGGAGACAGUACGUACAAGGCAAAUAGCUGCACUUCGUAAUGUCAUAAACCUGAACCAACCUGUUACAAAUACCAUGGUUUCUGAACCUGUGUGGAAAAUCUUGGUGAUGGACAAGCUUGGCCAAGACGUAAUCUCGCCAUUGUUACCCGUCAAAGUGCUGCGAGAACUGGGAGUCACUUUGCAUUUGCUGGUCGGUUCAAAACGUGAAGCUCUAACCGAUGUGCCAGCGGUCUACUUCGUUUCGCCUACUGAUGAAAACGUUGAUUUGCUAUGCGAAGAUCUCAGGAGAGGCAUGUACGACAGCUUCUACAUCAACAUGAUCUCUCCGCUUUCUCGUGCUCGUCUGGAAAACUUAGCUUCCGCUGCUGUUCAGGGAGGCACUAUCGGACAAGUGCAGAAGGUUGUCGAUCAGUAUUUGAAUUUUAUUUCUUUGGAGGACGAUCUGUUUGUCUUGCGACGAUACUCCGAGAACAGUCCAAUGUCCUACUAUGCAAUCAAUGAUCCGUCGACGUCUGACGAUCAAAUGGCAGCCCUCAUCGAGAGUGUUGCUGACGGUCUAUUUUCUGUUUGUGCCACGAUGGGUAUCGUACCAAUCAUCCGGUGUCCCAAAGACAACGCUGCUGAGCAGGUGGCCAAGCGGUUGGACCAAAAACUUCGGGAUAAUUUGCGAGACGCUCGAAAUAACCUCUUCACUGUUGAAAGUGUCCGUGCUGGACAGCUAAACGCUAGUCGCCCCCUUUUGUUGAUAGCUGACAGAUCCGCAGAUCUUGCGACUAUGUUACAUCACACAUGGACAUACCAAGCUCUCAUUCAUGAUGUGUUGGAAUUGGAUCAGAAUCGAGUGACCAUUACUGAGAAGGCGAAACGUAAAGAGUACGAUAUGUCGAGUGGAGGAUCGGAUAAAUUAUGGACCAAGCAUAAGGGUAGUGCGUUCCCACUUGUUGCUGAGGCGAUUCAGGAAGAUCUGGAAGCAUACCGAAGCAGUGAAGAUGAAAUCAAGCGAUUGAAGCAUGCCAUGGGCAUGGAAGGCAACGAAGCAGAUGCUGCAAUGACAUCGCUGUUGACGGAUACCACUGCCAAAUUAGGAUCCACCGUAACUUCCCUGCCUCAAUUGUUGGAAGCAAAACGACUGAUUGAUUUGCACACGAAUGUUGCCACCACCUUGCUGGACCAAAUCAAACAACGAAAGUUAGAUGUGCUCUUCGAGCUAGAACAAAAGUUGCUGCAACAUUCACCUCUCGAAAUGCCGCUUUUGCAACUGCUCGGCGAUCUUAGUAAUCCCGAAGAUAUUCUCCGAGUUAUUCUUAUCAAUUAUUUGUGUCAGGACAGUGUUUCGGAGGCCGAGCUAGAAGAGCAGUUGAAAUUCCUUAGGGAGAGAAAUGUUGAUGAAUCAGCCAUUCGUUUUGUGAAGAAAAUGAGGUCGGUAUCACAGCUGGGGAAGUCACCACCAUUAGAAGAGCAUCAUGGAGCUGGUACAAAGACCAUCAACAUGUUCAACAAACUGCUCAGCCAUAGUUCUCGGUUCGUCAUGGAAGGUGUCAAGAACCUUGUUCCCAAAAAGCACAACCUGCCCUUGACUAUGAUGGUCGAUUCAUUGGUCACACCACCGUCAUCAUCAACCGUGGGAAUAAAUCAAAUGAUGGGUGCAACGCAAACGAAUGAAAGCGACGAGCUUUGCUAUCUUGAUCCAAAGGUUAUGCACGCCUUGUCCAGAGACACCUCAACAGUCGCACGCGCACGGCAGCCACCUCCACAAGAUGUCAUACUUUUCGUGAUUGGUGGUGGCAAUUACGUCGAAUAUCAAAACCUUGUUGACUAUGGAAAACUGAAGAAUUUGCAACGAGUCACAUAUGGAUGCACAGAGCUCGUCAAUGCGAGGCAAUUCACCGAUCAGCUCACUCGUCUUGGUCGAGCGUUGCAGUAGAUGAUGGCCCUGGUGCUGGUGGUGGCGGUGGCGGCUCUCGCUAGGAAUGAUGUCUCCGCCUUCGUCGAUCAUCUCCCUCUUCCUCUUCGCUCUCGAGUUUAGGGCCCCUCCUCCACCCAUCCUCGUCGUCCUCUUCUUUUGCACAAAAGCACUCCACGAAAGCUCUAUAGCACUUAUUUUCCGAGUAUAUGUACGAUGUUUUUCACUCGUUAUUAUGAAUUUUUUGUUCUGUGAUAGAUUAAUUGGUCUUAUAUACGACUGAACUCUUGUUUUCAUUUUUUGUGUAUCUAAUAAUGCUCGAAUGUUUUUGUAGAGUCAUUUUUUAUGUGUAUAGUGCAUAUUUAUUGGCGGGAAUAUAUCG